AUGAACCCCGUCGAAGAACUGAUCUCUCUGAUGGACAACUACAGCACACACCAUGAUAGUGAUAUGGAUAUGGCUGAUGGAUUGAUUCCCCCAUCUGGCGCCGCUAGCUUUAUCCCUACCUCCGACCCCUCUGAUUCCAAGGAAAAUAGACCUCCUCCUCCGGGGAAUGAAGACACCAUCGACGAUGCUACCGAUGUAGCUACCGAGGCUGAUCUCCACGAAGCCAUGGAAGACUUGGACGUAGAUACCGAUUAUGAGGCGUCUGAGAGUGAGGAUGAUAGCGAAGAGUAUGAGGAGGAUAUGGAUGACGAGGAUCGUGAUAGUGAAGAAGAUGACGAAAGCGUCUGGGAUGACGAUGAUGAAGUCUACGAUCCCGAUAACGCGCCUAUCAAAGAUGGUGAUCUCGACGACAUCGAACGCAACUUCAAGGGUCUGUACGAUGAGUCCGGACCUCAGUCACCUUCUUAUCAUCACGAUGACGAUAGCAUGGAAGAUUUGGACUACGAAGGUACCCACAGCGAUGAGUGUGGAUCAUCAGAAUCUCCAAAUGAAGAUAUGGAUGACAUCUCAACCGAGGAUCAGGAUGAAUAUGAUGGCUGUGCUGGCUCGGACAUGGACAUGUCAGACAACAAUGACGAGGGGGAAAGAGAAGAAGAGGAGGACGAUGACGAGGACGAGGACGAGGACAGCGACGUAUCUUUCCCCGGAGCCGACUAUUUGAAAAGGACCGCUGCCAAGCCGGGUGUUGUUCAUAUUCUAGGGUCAUCGGACAGAUCUUACGAAGACACAACAGGUAGACGCCAUGUGGUGAUAAAAAUCACAACAUACGAUCCACCAACGCUAAUUCGUGUCCCCGUUAAGCCUCUAGUCCUCUCAUCCGAUGUGUUUGCCGAAAUCUUCGGGUAUGUGAAAUGCGAAGGCGUACACCCUAGUGACUAUGAUCGCUUGAAUGAGGAUAAGCUCAUUUGGACGGAAGAGUUGUCAUUCAACUGGCCCAAUCCAGCAGCCAUGCUAUGGGUUCUCCAGACGCUGACAAAGCGAUGGCCUGAAUUACCAGAGUGCGUGGACCUCGCCUUUCUCAAGGACAUCGCUGAAAUUGUGAAUCGAUUCGAGUUAGGAAGUUCCAUGGAUUUCGAUUCAUUCGGCUGGCCGGUGUAUGCCUACGUGAGGCCGGAUAGGACUGUGCCUUCGCGCAAAGAGUUGCUGGACUGGGUGAUGUUCAUUACUUGGGUGUUUCGGUCCAGAGGUGGGCACGAUUUUCGCCAGGCGAAUCGUGGUGUGAUUAUGGAUUUUACGUUUAAGGCUAAGCCAGAGAAGGGACUUUUGCCUCGGCACUUGUAUGAGUCUAUUCACAAGGCCCGAUUGGAGCUUUAUCAGAAAUUGGCAGAAGUUAUCCGCGGACAUUUGGAUUACUUGGCUGAGAAUCAGCAUGAGGAUCGGAUGGUCCCCUGUGCGCAUCACAUUUCGAGUGUCUGGGAAGAUAUUCUCAAACUGGCGGAAGAUCCAAAAAGUCACAGGGUGUCACCGAGCCGGAUUCAUUUGAAGAUAUGUGAGUUGGUGGAAAGCUUCGAGAAGCUUGUUAAGGAAUCGGCACCUGGGUGCCCUGUUCGGCCACUCGAGACUUUACUUGCCUGCGAGAAAGAGAUGCGAAGAUGCCAGGGCAUUAACUGUGAUGGGAAGAACGCUCGGAAGACUGAUAUAUGCCGUGUGACACGUUAUGGAUGGGGGUUUAACUUCAAAGAGCUGUCCUGGCCUUGUCCGGAUUGGGUGGGUGUAACGGCGGAUAGGAAGCCGCGCAAGAGGUGGAUGCCUUGGGAUUAG